AUGUCACAUAGAUCAAAUCCUAGCCAACUGAGCACUAAUGAUGAAUCGAAAGGAAAUGAGCUCGACAGAUUCAGCGCCAAUCAAUCAUUGGCUUCAUCUACUUCAUCGAUUUUUACUAGAUCACCGUUCGGAAAAACUGGUGAAGGGGAUCAUGAUUGAAAACUUGAUAAUAAAUGCUUUAUAGUAUUUAACAUGAAUAAUAGCAUUUAAUGGGGCUUAUUUUACAUUAGAGAUGAUGGUUUUUAAAAAAAUAAUGAAGUGAUAAGUUUAGAAAUAUAGUAUAUCUGUGAUAGGAAAUUUAAUUUAACUAUCAGAAGACAUCACUGCAGGUUUUGUGGAAAUUCUGUAUGUGAUGAUCACUCAAUGAAACGCCGCCAAUAUGAAAAUCUGCCUAAAAAACAAAGAAUUUGUGAUAAUUGCAAUCGAGAACUAAUUAGAGAAGAGAUUAAAAAAGAAAUCGAAGAAGAAAUUGCAAAACUACAGAGCGAAGUACAGCAUCAAAAAGAAAUGAAUGAGAGACUUCUUACUCUCCUCGCCUCUAUGGGCGAACAAAAUCUUUGAAAAGUCCCUAUUUUUAGGGUAAAACUAUCCGCUAUGAAUAAAUAAAAAAAAAUUAAUAUAUAAUUUAAUGAAAUCUUGAGCUUAAAGAUUAAAGAUUAAGAUUAAUUAAGUUACUGCAAUGCCAAGUCUUGCAUUGAUUCAUGGACACUGGCUAGGUUUGCAUUUUUCAGAGCCAGCACCAUCAGUUCCUACACCCGGCUUAUGGAGGUCUUAGCUUCGCCUGACGAGUCCUUACUCCCUAGGAAUGAGCCUCACUGAGCUCUCCUGGGUUUUAGCUUAUUGGGAGAAAAACCUUUACGAGGAAAAACCCAGGCUCAUCAAACUCUACGGAAAAAUUGUGGCGAGAUACGUCGGGCUUCUCUUCCUCCGCCCUACGGAUAAUCUUGUCCUGGAGUCUUCUCUGUCGGGCUUUAACACGUAGCCCUUUCCCUAGUGGCUCUAUGAAUCAACUAGUUCUGGAAUUCUGUCCCUCGACUUGCGCCAUUUUCUUCCCCAGGACAAAUAAUUAUGAAUCUUGAGCUAAUUCUGCUAUUUUAAGCAAUAAAUUAUCAAAAUAUAUUAGCGAGUAGAGAUAUUUUUAAUUUUUGAAAAAAAAUCUAUAAAGCAAUUUUUUUCACUCAAGGAGGAGGGAAGUUAAAGAACACACAGAAAAAACCCAAAAAAUCAGUCAGCUUGAAUCAGACCUUACAAAAGCAGAAAGAAUCCAAAGGGAAAAAGAGCAAAGUAUGCAAGAAAAACUGAACGAAGUCCUUGAAAGAGGAGAAAAAUCAAAAAAUUUAGUGGAAGAUUUAAGAAAAUCACUAGAUGUUUCCCAUAAUAAUGAGCAGGAAAUUAGUAAUCAGGUUCAUGAAGGAGAGAAACAGCUUGAAAAAUAUAGAAUUGAGUCUGAAAAUCUUAUAACUAAUAAGCAUAAAUUAAAUAUUUUAUAUAUAAGACAGUAAUCUUUUUUAAAUUCAUAGCUAUUCAAUAAGAAAAGGUGUAGAGAUAGAAAAGAAGAAUUAGCAUCACAAAUUGAGCAUUUAACAAACAGAAUUAAAAGCAGUUUACCUUUAUCUGAAGUCAGAGAAGCUAUGUGCAACCGAUGCAAAACUAGACUAGAUCAAACCUAUAAGCCAUUUGCGAUGGAUGGGACAAUAAUAGAAGAAGAAAAUGAAACUUCAGUACUAAGCAGCAGUGUUCGUGGCUCUAUAAAUGUUCUAAAACGAAGUUAA